CUUGAAACGAUUCCAAUUCUUUGUCCACCGUCGAAUCCGUCCAUGGAGCAAAACGACGAAGCCAAGAAGCUCCAUGAGGAGUUUGACAUGUUGCCGCUCCUGAUAGACAUACUCAAAGACAUCUUGACGGCCGGAACCAACGAAGAAUCCACACGCGUCGGCGAUGUGUCUGCAACGGCCACUUCUCUCAAGAAGAAAUACGAGGACGCCGCGAGGUUGCUUACGUCCUUGCCUGGUAUCGACGUCAGCUUGGACGGUCAGCAAGAGGAGAUUCUGAGGGCGAAGGAGCAGUUGCGUCAAAAGAAGUAUAUAUCGACCCAUAUCCCGCUGGCGUCCUCAUGGUAGUUGCCCUGUUCUAGCGAAAUGAUGGAGCUCUACAGCAAUACCCUCUUCCGCGGCACGGACGAACCCCGCGCCCCCAUCAACGACGUGUUUUCGAGGAAGAACUUAUAACUUACAACACCAUGUACACGUCGCCGUGAUUGCUACCUUGGCAGUCAUCCCCACGAUCAUGAUGAUCGCCUUCUUCACUCG